CCCUUUUGACCUUCUUUAUUUAAAUGCAGGACUUUAGUUGUUCUGACCAAGGAUUGACGUAGUUCUCGUAGCCUACUUUUUGUUUUGACCAAUCAGAUUAUCAUUACCAUUUUCGGCAAUACCUCGUAAGAAUCAUCUCGCAAAUGUGCUGUUCAGGCCAGCUUAAUAUCGUCAACGACACAGCAACGGUUGCCAUCAUCUUCCCAAAAAGCUGGCAAGCGUGAGCCAGACGGAUUAAAUAAUACCAAUUCAUCUCACACUGAUCUAUGAUUUGUUGGAACAAUAACCACUGCUUUCAAUAGACUUCGCUGGCGAUAAUAACAUGUCGGGGAAGUGCGCAUUAUUCAUAUUGCGGCAUAUACAUCAGUUAUCCCAAACGAGCUUGUCCAAAGCAGUAGCUGCCUGUUUAAUUCGGAGAAUAUUAGGCAGUUGUAUUGGCCAAAUGCACGCCAUCAUUUUAUGUCAGGGAAACCGCAGCAGAUAUGCACUUACGGACAUGGUUAUGUUUUUUCAGACUAAUGUUCAGAUUGGGAUAGAGUCCUGCUGGAUCAAGGCUAUGACGAAUACUCUGAAGUAAAGGCAUUGGUAUGUGAGCCCAACUACAUAUCAUUCAGAACAAUAAAUAUCCUGUUUUACAGUGUAAUCAGCAAGGCUGUAAUAAAUCUCAC